AUGGGGAUGGCUAGUCGCUACGUCAUUGUAGCCAAAAACGUCACUUCCGUGUCCAAACCAAAUUGCGGUACAAUGGUGCAGUGCUGUGUCCCAUCUUGUAAUAACAGAAAUGAUGUAAAUAAAACGAUAUGUUACUACCGCUUUCCUCUGGACGAAAACGAGAAGAGGAGAUGGCUUAAACUGAUACGGCGUAAAGAUUUCACCCCAAACCACAACUCAAGGACAUCCAACCAAACGGCAAAAGAAAAUGCUCCCAGCGACUGUAGAGGACGAAGGAAGAGCGGAACCAGGCCCAAGUCACCUCUGCAUUGCUCAAAAGACCCCAAGUACUUCGAGUGUUUUGGUGCUCGAAAUUGA